AUACAUAUAUAUUUAAUUACUUAAUUAUUUUGUAAUCGAUUAUUUAGUUCGAUAUUUCCUAUAAUAAUUUUAAUCCGAAUAUCAAAAUAUAUAUGUAUAUACAUAUGCCAAUUGAUAAUGAUAGGACCGACUGAGGUAAGAUCAUCCCACAAUUAAAUACUUGUACAAGUAAUUAAAGAGGCUAUCAUAUUUUACAAGAUUAAGCCAAAGUAUGUACAUACAUACAUAUGUAUAUACAUAUAUGCCCGUUUGAAAUUGCUUUCUCAGUAAUGUGUACACAUACUAGGACAACGGUUGUUAUAGCAACAAUUGCCAAACAAUAAUGCAUUCAGUAUUGGACGGACAUUGUUGUAUUAUACGAUCGUCAGGUGCAAUGGAAUGUUAAUAUACUUGCAACAACUUUUCUAAUAAUAUGUUAUAAGUAUCCAGAUUUUCAAUUCUAUUUGUUAUAAAACAAUGUACACAUUAAAAUUGGUAAUGACAGGACCAACUGAGAGUGGGAAGACCACAAUAGCAAAUUUUUUGGCGGAUGCUACAGAAAUUCCAUACGAUUAUCAUCCAACUCAAGGUGUUCGAAUAUUAGAAUUUGAAAUUAAUGAUAUUGAAAUAAAUAAUGAACGCAUCUCGAGAGAUCUCGAGCUGUGGGACUGCAGUGGAAAUCACAAAUUUAAGAAUUGCUGGCCAGCUAUACGUAAAGACGUACAUGGUGUGAUACUCGUAUACAGUGCUAAAAUACAGGAUUCUUCGAAAAAGUUGAGAGAAUAUUACGAUUAUUUCGUUAGCGGAGCUAAAUUAGGGCCAAAUAAUUGUGUAAUAUUUUUCUUCGAUCCUGAUAAUACAUCAAGCGCGUCGAAAAUUAUUUCGUCCAAUUUCCCUAAUGUCUCUCAUGUCAAAUGUAACGUGGAUGACGGUGGUGAUAAAUUAAAGGCUGAUUUUCGAUUGUUUCUAAGUGCCCUAAUGACGAAGCUGCACGAAGACAAAGAAGAAAAAUUGAUAUCGAGUGAUAAUAUAUUAUUUUCUAAAUAGUACGUUCACUUUUUAUUUGUAUAACAAUCAUAUGAAUGGUAAAAAAUAGUUUUCUUGUAUUAUUAAUAUCUAUCUCUGUUGUAGUUAUUUAUGUAACCAAAGAUACGCCCCCCUCAAUUACCAAUAUUUCCCUCAAUAUAUUAAUAUUGUAUAUAUCACAGAA